UCAUAUUUAUCAUGCUUGUUAUAAGGUUUGGAUGGAGUUUUGAGGGAUUCACCGUUACAAAUGUUAUAUACUCUUCCAUUGCAGGUGUAGAGAUCCCCAAGUUUGUUGACACCGUCACUCCUCAAUACAAACCAAAAUUUGAUGCAUUGCUUGUAGAAUUGAAAGAGGCAGAGGAGAAAUCCUUGAAAGAGUCUGAGCGAUUGGAGAAAGAAAUUGCCGAGGUUCAAGAACUUAAGCAAAAGAUCAGCACCAUGACCGCAGACGAGUACUUUGAGAAACAUCCAGAGCUUAAAAGAAAUUCAAUGAUGAGAUCCGAAUGA